AAGCUGGAAGCAUUUCCUUCCGUCGCUACCACCGUUACCACUACACCACCACCUUCCACACCACCACUCGCCGCACCACCAUACGCACCACCCUCCACACCACCUUCCACACCACCACACGCACCACUCCCCACACCACCUUCCACACCACCACACGCACCACCGCUCACACCACCCUCAAAGCCAACAUACUCAACACCAACACCCGCACCACCACCCUCAACACCAACACCCGCACCACCCUCAACACCAACACACGCACCACUCUCAAUACUAAUACUCGCACCACCCUCAACACUAAUACUCGCACCACCCUCAACACUAAUACUCGCACCACCCUCAACACUAAUACUCGCACCACCACCCUCAACACCAACACCCGCACCAACACCCUCAACACCAAUACACGCACCACCACCCUCAACACCAACACCAAUACAAAUACACGCACCACCACCCUCAAUACCAACACCAACACACGCACCUCCACCUCCACUUCCACCGCCACCGAAACCUCAAAAUACCCUAUAG